AUGGGACGUAAAGUCUACAAAAAGAAUGGAGGAAAAGGCAAAAAGAGAUCUAUGCCUGAAAAUAAUGAAUGUUUAAGGAAAAGACAAAUAAUUAGCAGUUCAGCUACUUCGCGGGAGAAGCCAAUGGAGACAUCAAGACAACAUCAGGUAGUAGACAAAAAAAGUCCACUGAUGCCACCCAUUGACCUCCUAUGCAGACUGCAAUUGUUCUGUCAAACUGUUGUUGGAACAAUAAAAACAGGAUUUAACUAUAUUGGUGAAAUAGGAAGAAAGGGCAAGAAGAGACCUAUCUCUGAACGUUAUGAAUGCCCUAAAAAAAGAAUAAAAAUGAGCUCUCCAUCUAAAGAGCAACAAAGGGGAAUGCUCCCCAAAAAAGCGAAGAGAUCUUUCGAUGAGGUCGACAGCACCAAGAACGCUCAUCCAUGUUCAAAGAGAAAAAUGACCAAAGUUAACUGCUCCAAACACUCGAGGGUGACAGCCCCGACAUCUCUGGACAGGUUUUCCUUUCAUUGUGAACUUGGAAGAGGAAGCUUUGGACAGGUCCUACUGGCCACAGAUGUCAUCAGCAAACAAAAGAUGGCUGUAAAAAUGGUAAAAAAGAGAUGCCUCUUAAAACAAGAUAAGGAGGCCAUUCAUGUUGAGCGUCGGGUGCUGGAGGUCGCUAGUGGGAGCCCAUUCCUUACCCAUGCGUUUUCCACAUUCCAAACCAAGGACUAUCUUAUAUACGUCUUGGAGUAUUUAAGUGGAGGAAAUCUAUGGAAUUUAAUAUCUGAAUAUAGUCCACUUAUAAGGAGCGCCACAAGGUUCAUAGCUGCAGAAAUAGUUUGUGGGUUGAAGUUUCUCCACAGCAAAGGCAUCCUCCACCGGGAUAUCAAGCCGGAAAACAUUAUGUUAGACGGAGAGGGCCAUGUAAAAAUUGCUGACUUUGGGUUAGCGUGGACAAAUGUGUUUGGUGAGAGCACAAAGAGUAGCGUAGGUGGAACCAUGGGAUAUGUUGCACCAGAGGCAUUCUUAGGCAUGAAUCUUAGCGCCUCUGUUGACUGGUUUGCUUUUGGUGUGGUUCUGUAUGAAAUGUUAACAGGCAAUUCACCAUUUGAUGAUGGAGUCACAGAUGAACGUAAAAUUGUAAGAUCAGUGGUAUAUGGCACGCCAAAAUAUCCAGAAUGGCUGACUGCAGAGGAAAAGGAUAUCUUACAAAAGCUCUUGUGUAAAGAUCCGUAUUUCAGACUUGGAGUGGCCUCUAAAAUUGAGUCACAUCCUUUCUUCAGCUCAAUUGACUGGAAUGAAGUUCAGGCCCGAAGAGCCACCCCCCCACCUGAACUACAAGACUUUUGCUUGGAUCUUCAGACGAACGGCGCAAAGAAAUUCAGUGAACAUAUAAAAUCACCGGGAGACUCUGCAUCACAACCCAUGCUUUCUGGAGACCAGUGGCUUCUCAGUGACUUUUCUUUUCAGACGUCUUUGCCACUCACCACUCCUACCCCUAGUAAAUCUCCAUUACUGGUAAAGGUCCUUCGUCAAAUUCGACAGACGUUUGGAACGGGAACCUCCCAGCCGGUUUAUGUAACGGACAGCCAAGACGUUGUCCAUGCAAAGAAGCAAUGA